UCUCACUCUAAUCAUCCAAGACACAAACCCAUAUAGAGAUCGAAAUGGGAAGCCUAGGGAGUUUGAGGCAAUGGCCUCAAUUUGUCUAUGCUUUGGUAUUUUGCUUAGCAGCAACUAGUGUUGUUGCUAAUACGCCUUAUGCUUCACCGCCUCCACCUCCUUAUAUUUACAAGUCUCCACCCCCACCCUCACCAUCUCCACCACCGCCUUACGUUUACAAAUCGCCACCUCCCCCAUCACCAUCGCCACCACCUCCUUACAUUUACAAAUCUCCACCUCCACCGUCUCCAUCCCCGCCACCACCCUACAUGUACAAAUCCCCACCUCCUCCAUCACCAUCACCGCCACCUCCGUACAUUUACAAAUCUCCACCUCCACCAUCUCCAUCACCCCCUCCACCAUAUUAUUACAAAUCUCCUCCGCCACCUUCUCCGUCUCCUCCUCCGCCUUAUUACUACAAGUCACCACCACCACCAUCGCCAUCACCUCCACCACCCUACUAUUAUAAGUCACCACCCCCACCAUCUCCAUCACCACCACCACCAUACUAUUACAAAUCGCCACCUCCACCAUCUCAUUCUCCACCACCUCCUUACUACUACAAAUCACCGCCACCCCCAGUGAAGUCACCACCUCCUCCAUACAUCUACAAAUCCCCACCUCCACCAGUAAAGUCACCACCACCACCCUACUAUUACAAAUCACCACCUCCCCCAGUGAAAUCACCACCUCCACCUCCAUACUACUACAAAUCACCACCACCUCCAGUGAAGUCACCACCCCCUCCAUACAUCUACAAAUCCCCACCACCUCCAAUGAAGUCACCACCUCCUCCAUACAUCUACAAAUCUCCACCUCCACCAUCUAAGUCUCCUCCACCACCCUACUAUUACAAAUCACCACCUCCUCCAAUGAAAUCACCACAUCCACAUCCAUACCACUACAAAUCACCACCACCUCCAAUGAAGUCACCACCUCCUCCAUACAUCUACAAAUCCCCACCUCCACCAUCUAAGUCUCCACCACCACCCUACUAUUAUAAAUCACCACCUCCCCCAGUGAAAUCACCACCUCCACCUCCAUACUACUACAAAUCACCACCUCCACCAGUUAAGUCACCACCACCUCCAUACUACUACAACUCACCAUCACCACCGCACCAUUAUUAAGUGAGCCGCUGCCACCUAUGCCUCAACCCAUACUAUUGCAUCAGCUUGAAUUUCUACAAGAAUAAGUAAUUCCAUUUUUUGAAGUUGUGUUUGAAGGCAUUUUCGGCAUUGUCUUUCAGUUUUUAAUUUAAACAAGUUUAUUUGUGAAUAAGAAGUCCCCACAGUGGAGAUACUUCUUUGUGUAAUUUUUUUGUUUUUGUUUUUGUUUUUGUUUUUGUUUUGUGCAAAGUUUUCUUUGCACUAUCAGUUUAUUGUAAUAAGCAAUGAAACGAUGUAUUUCAAAUGCCAAGAGUAGCCUUAUUGUGCUUGUAUAAGUUGUACCUUCUGUUACUAUGAGAAUCCCUCACUUGCUCAAUAA